AUGGGGAGUUUCCAUUUGAAGUCUGCUCGCUUUAUGGCUUUGCUGCUAAAGUCCAGGGGCUUUUUAUUCUUAAUUGGCGCCAAAGGCCCCAUAUUAAAUGGUAUUAAAGAGAGAGGCGGGGACAAGAGUUUGGUCUCAAAACAACCUCCUGAGCCAGGACUCCUGGAAGCCAAAUCAUUACUGAAUGCCAUCAAGCAGGAAGAAAUGGUUCCUGUCAGUCAUGUUAAUAUCGACUCAGAGAAAGCAAACGACUUCCUGACUCACUCCAGACCAAAGCGUAAUGUGGACCCUAGAUGGUACAGAGGAAACCCAGACUUCCAGGCUUAUUACAGAUACUACAGCAGCAUCGGACACACCGAGGGGCUCUAUGAGAUCGACAAACUGCGGAUGCUCUACCAGCAGAUGAGGUACCUGGAGCACACCUAUGGCCCCAAUGCCUCCUAUUUCCAGAGUAAACUGGGGGUGCCAGUGAUCAUGUGUGACCCAGCUACAGACAAGAGGUGCAAAGUUGCUCCUCCUCCACCUCCAAUGAAAGGGGUCCCAAAGCCCACAGAGCCCCCAGCGACCACUCCUCCUCUUCCUGCUGCUCCAUCCAUUUCCCAGGCUGAUGUGCUAUACCUGUGCAACAGCAAGGACCCCCUCUGCAAGCCCCACAUUGUCUACAUGCCCACCGGUGCUGUGCCCGUACUCUGCGACCCCCGCUACCACCCCCACUGCACCCCUCAGAAGGCUGCACCAGCCCCUGUGGCAGUGCCUCAACCUCCUCCACCUCCACCAAAGAAGUCCGCCCCACCUCCACCUCCACCAGUUCUCGUCAAGAAGUCUCCCCCUGCCCCCAUCCGCACCUUCAAGGGCAUGGAGUACGACUGUGAUCCCUACUGGGACCCCGACUGCCUGAUUGACCACCCUCCCAGACCUAUCAAAGGGAAGGUUGUGGUACCACCACCACCACCACCACCCCCUCCUGUAGAGGAGAAGGAGGAACCUGUAGAGGAGCCUGCGCCUCCUGCACCCAUGGAGAAGAAAUUAACCCUCUACCCUUACCCGUACUACUACCCUAUGCCCUACGACCCCAGGGAUGAUCUGUAUGACCCUGUCCGCUUCAAGUACCCAGAGCCUGUUGAUGCUGCCGAUGAGCCUGUGGAGGACAGUCAGUAAGACAUCCAGGAUGUGUCUCUGUGUAAACACACACAGUGUUUCUCUGUAGACACACAAGACUUUGAUUACAGUACACUUGCUUGCCUGCAAGUGUACUGUAACAGAAAACAGCCUGUACUAAAGCAUUGAUGAGUUGCAAUGUUUGUUUAAACCUUAUUGACAACUUAAUGUA